AUGGCUGCUGCUGCAGUGCUCACCCCAGCCGUGCAGCCCGAUAUUCAAUACGCCCCGGACAUCGAGAAAUGGCACCAACGUACAGCCAAGAGGUUGAGGGAAGAGAAUGAUCGCUUGCAAAAAACCUUGCCCGAAGGUUUCCCUACCCAGUUGCAAGGUAGCUUGGUCUGGGAAGGCGAAACUGUUGCGCAGUCCUACGACUGGACUUAUGUUUUGAACGAGGAGCAGUUAGCAGAAAUAGACGAUGCCGUGAGGCACUUUAAAUCCUUGAACCUGCCCCUGGGCCACAUUGACGCAGAUACAUUCCCACUGCCCAAAACCCGCCCUGAACUACGUCGCCUGUCUCAGGAGCUGCACAACGGCCAUGGCUUCUUUGUGAUCCGCGGCGUAGACGUGGACAAGCACACGCGUGAGGAAAACAUCAUCAUCUACGCCGGCAUCUCAUCGCACAUUGCAGCAGUCAGGGGUCGCCAGGACUCGAGCUUCAACGGCAACAGGGCCGACGUGGUCUUGUCGCACAUCAAGGACCUUACGCUGCAGCUCCAGCAGCAGCAGAAGCAGGAAGAUCAGGCAGGAAAGGUCAGCAUAGGAAGCCCUGCAUACACUGCGGAUAAGCAGGUCUUUCACACCGACAGCGGCGACAUCGUUUCGCUUUUUGCCCUAGGGGAGGCUGCAGAGGGUGGCGCGAGCAAGCUUGCAAGCACAUGGAGGGUUUAUAACGAGCUGGCGAGGACGAGACCGGAUCUCAUCCACACUUUGGCUGCCGAUUGGCCGCUUGAAAAUUUUGACAAAUCAACCAGCGAGCGUUACUUCUCCAGACCGCUCAUCUACCACCAGCCCGCGUCCGAGAAGCAGCCGGAGCGGAUCCUCCUGCAGUACGCCCGCCGGUACCUGGUCGGGUUCGGCGCCCUGCCGCGCAGCCCCGACGUCCCUCCCAUCACCGAGGCGCAGGCCGAGGCCCUGGACGCACUGCACUUCCUCGGAGACCGCUUCCACGUCGCCACCAACUUUCAGAAGGGUGACAUGCAGUACGUCAACAACCUGGCCGUCUUUCACGCCCGGGAUGGGUUCAAGGAUACGGUAGAGAGGCAACGGCACCUCGUUCGGCUAUGGCUGCGCGAUCCUGAAAACGCUUGGGAGACUCCCGAAAAACUGCGGACGCGGUGGAGUAGAGUGUAUGAUGGUGUGACCCCCGAGUCGCAGGUGCUGCCUCUGGAGCCUUUUGUAAGGGGUGCUAGCAACGGUGCAGACAGAGUCAAAAAGUAG